AUGUAUCGUUUUACUGAUAUAGAAUCAACUCCAAAACGACUUACACCAGUCUACGGCUACUUAACGCAUCAGUUAUUAUCUUUACAAAAAGCUCUUGAACCAAUCUCGUCUCAGAUUGAUCAACUAGAUCGUUUUAGUAAAAUAGCUAAAAACGAAUGUCACUUUCCUUCUGAACAUGGACUUACUCGAGAUGAAUCAGCUGCUGUUUUUCUCUACACAAUGGAAUGGGGUGAGAGUAGUUUAUAUCAAGUAAUUAAUCGUACUCUUCGUGCCGAAGAUCGAUCAACAUUGAAACCAUGGUUUGGUUACCUCAAAUUAUUUGAUACAGCUGUACAAAAGCUACCCACUGUUCAAAAAAAUCUAUGGCGUGGUACUGCAAGAAAUAUAGCGCAGAACUAUAAAGCAGGUGAUGAGUUCACUUGGUGGACCAUCAGCUCAUGUUCAACUACCGUUAACAUUAUCAAAGAUUUUCUUGGAUCCAACUCAACAUUAUUUUUGAUUGAAGCUGUGAAUGGAAAAGAUAUUUCCAAGUAUACAAAUUACCCAAGUGAAAAUGAAGUUAUUCUUUGUCCAGGUACUCGACUUCGUGUAGUCAGUGAUCCUCUUGAUCAGCCACCCAUGCAUGUAGUUCAUUUACAAGAAGUUACUGACGAAACCGAAGAUCAACUCACAACAACGUUCCAUGCCAUGGAAGUGACAUCUCCCUCAAAAACUGAGUCUAUCUCUAAAGCGAAAACUGUUCAGUCUUCACAAAUUCAAAUUGUUACUGAUCAAUGGGGUAAUAGAUAUGAAACAGCAAUUCAUAUAUUAUACAGGCGUAGUUGCUAUUGCAUAUGUAGAUGGCUAAGCAACACGCAAUUACAGAAUAAUGAUGAAGGAGAAUUGAGGGAGGGAAAAAAGCAUGGCAAAGGAAAAAUGGAUUAUGCAGACGGUAACAAGUACAUAGGCGACUGGGCCAAUGACGUAAGAACAGGUCAAGGUGUUUUUAUUUGGUCUGAUGGUAGUCACUACGAGGGACAAUUUAAAGAUAACAAUAUGCACGGCAAAGGUACAUUUGUUUGGGGACCUGAUUCACGAUGGGCAGGUCUGAAAUACAUAGGCGAUUAUAUCGAUAACAAAAGAACAGGACAAGGGGUUUACAUUUGGCCUAAUGGCAAUCGUUACGAGUUGAGAUAUUCACAAAUCACUCGUCAGUCUGUUCUUAAUCGCUUCAGCUUAUGUUAG